AUGGCCAACAAACAACCGACAAUUAAAAAGCCUGAGAUGAAGGAAUCUAAGAAUAUGAACGAUGGAUGCCUUAUCUCGAGCAUCCAAGAAUGUUUCUCCAGUUCAAGAUUCUCGGAUCUGACGAUAAUCAGCGCAGCCCAAGAGUUUAAAGUGCACAAGCUGGUUAUCUGCGGGCAGUCAACGUACUUCUCUCGUCUAUUCAACCAUAAUUGGAAAGAGACAAGAGAAAACAUGAUCAGGCUCGAGGGCGAUGACCCGGAAGCUGUAGUAGCCAUGAUCCACUUCAUGUACGGCUUCGACUACGAGCCCAUCAGCAGGGAACGAUGCCAGAUCUCGCCGAUGCCAUUUCACGUCGGCGUCUAUCAGGUCGCAGAUAAAUAUGAUGUGCCAAGACUCAAGGAACACGCAAGGCGAAAAUUUGCUUCUGCUUUAAAGACCUGUUGGAAAAUGGACGACUUCCCUGCCACGAUCUUAGAUGCGUAUUCGACGACACUCCCUACAGAUCGAGGCCUUCGCGAUCUUAUUGUGAGCAUAUGCUUAGAAUAUCUCGAUAAGCUACUGAAGAAAGAUAAUUUCAAAGCCGUUCUAGAGGAGGCUCCAGGAUUCGCGGCUGAUCUUCUACAACACCGUCGUUACGCCGAGUCGACAAGUUAUAACUGCCCCUCCUGUACUGGGGUGUGGAGGAUACAACUUCCUAAUCCAAGAAAGACAUUUGAAUAUUGUCCGUUAUGUGGAACGCAUAACAAGACUUGGUGGCGCUAUGUCAAACAGGACUUAAGAGGUACCCGGCAGUACGCAAUCGAAGGCUCUACAGUCUCAAGUUGA